AUGACAUCGGCUCCUUGCUUUUCUAUUUCCCGUCGAUCCACUUAUAGCACCGCAAACGGCUUCCAGUUUUACCACCAUUCGGACGCAACGCCAUUCGAACUCUUCUUUGAUCUGUUCUUCGUGGCCAAUCUCACAACCUUCACUGCUACAUAUGAGAUCAACAAUCUCAACGCUUUGGCCGCAUAUAUAGGAUUCCUUGGUGUGAUCUGGUUCACCUGGCUACAAGUCACUGCAUUCGACGUUCGAUUUGCUCGAGACUCCUUCUUUGAAAGGGUAUGCAAGGCUAUCCAGCUGGGUGCGAUGGUCGGUUUCGCCUCCGCGGGAUCUCGAUUUACCACGAGUGUUCAGGAGGAAAAUGUCUGGGUAUUCCAGUCUCUUACCCUGAUUCUGGCCGGGAGCCGUGCACUAUUGGCAAUUCAAUAUACAGUCAAUGUCGCUUUUCUCCGUCGUUCAAUGAAAUCAGCUGCGAAGGGAGUUGCUUACACGGCACUUGUCUUCUGGGUGGCAACCCUCCUCUAUCUUUUGAUGUACCCUGCCUUCUCGGGAGAAGGCGGACUCCGCGCUCGGAUCUGGGCCGUUUGGUUCGUCCUUUUCGGUCUUGAAAUGUGGACGGUGAUGGGGUUGUCUUGCAUUUUCACAGAUAUCGGGUUCAAAGAUACCCACCUUAAUAUGCGAAUGGGCCUUCUCACCCUGAUCAUCAUCGGGGAGGGUGUCGUUGCUAUCACACGGAUUGUCAAUAAGACGGUUCGGCCCGGCGGAUGGACCAAGUGGUCAUUCAUUCACAUCCUGGGAGUGACUACAAAUGUGGUUUAUUUUGAUGUCUCACCUCGCCGCCAACUCGGAAAGUUCAAGCAGCAAUUAUGGGCACAGUUGCACUUCCCACUCCAUGUGGCGCUCAUUCUGCUUCUUGAAGGUUCUCAGAUUCUUGCACUUACUCUGGACGUGGCCUUGAAGCUGAAAUAUCUGAGAGAGACCCUUUUAUCUGUAUGCGAAAGGCCACGUCCAAGCUCGGCUAAAGCGGUAGAACUUAUCCGAAGCACGAUCAACGACAUGGAGAUUCCGUUCAGCCGCGGAGCCACGCAAGAAAGGGCAGCCAUUUCGAGUCUCUUGGAAGAUCUGGCGGUACAACCUCUGUGUCCUGAUUCCAAGGCCUCCGACUAUGGCUAUACAGAGAAUUUGUUCAACGACCUCACGGGCAAUGUGACUGCAGCGCUAUUCUCCAGCAUGGACAUCUCACCAAGCAAGAAGGUCGACAUUAGCCUCCUCACCAACCAACAGCUACUGCAAAUGUACAUGAAACUGUUAUCGUUUGUGUACAUGUAUUUCUUCGCAGUUGCUAGCCUUACCAUGGCCCUUUUUGCCGCCUUUCAAGUGCUCUCAUGUCGGCAUGAAAUUCAUUCCCAUCGAAGUGUCUCGACGAUUGUACGAAUCAUACUCGCGAUCUUCUUGGGCAGCCUUGUCUCAUUCGCUGGUCACUUCCCAUUGGCUUAUUCAUUUAUGACCUCGCCCAUUAUCCUGUACGCCUUCACUUUAACGCUUCUGAGUGGUCGGUUCUCCUUCCCCGUGUGUGUGAUUGAUUGGCUCUGA